AAUCAGUAUUCUAAUGGCAGAUAUUUGAAACAUUGUCUUGGUCAUUAGACUAUCUUGCAAAUAUGGCUACUCCUGCACGAAACAAAGGUUCCAGUUUGCCUGUGGUUCCGUUGUCCCCAGAGCAGUUGUACAAGGAGGCCAUAGAAAAUGCUGCCAGUUACAACAGCAGAUUGUAUUUGGAAAGUCAGAUGCGACUGCCAUAUGUUGACUCCAAUACUGCCGUGGCACAAAGACAUAGUAAUCUAUGGGUCAGUUACAGACAGAGAAUUAUUACCAAGGUCACAGACAUAGAGACUGGAGAAGCAGAUAUGCACCAGAUCAGUACUAUAGAGAACCCAGCAGCCAGGAAAGAUGAAGAUGAGAACUCUAGCUCCAAUGUGCAUACAGCCAGCUCUGACUUUGUGUCUACAGACAUUGCCCUGAAGGAGACAUGGUAUGAUGACUAUGAGGAGAUCAGUGAACCACCAGAUGCUGGAGAGAUUGACAACCAAUCUGAUUAUAGUGACUAUGAAGAGACCUAUGUGAAAAAGAAGAAGAAAAAGAAAGGAGGGCCUGGUAGAGGGCGUGGCAGAAAACCUCACGCUGAGACCAUGAAGGAUGAUGACGUUGAAAAGCCAUAUUCUUGCGACAUGUGUUCAGCGCGUUACAAGACGCGGCCUGGACUGACCUAUCACCUGACUCACUUCCAUAACAGCAGUUUGGAGGACGAACACACACAGUCGCCCAAGAGCUCGUCAUUCAAUGAUGAGGGUACAGAGACUGCUCCUGGAACUAGCACUGCCCCGUCAGGUACAAAAUCUGGCCGCCACAAGAACUCCCCAAACAACUACUGUGACUUCUGUCUGGGCGAUGAAACGUUCAACAAGAAAACCAAGGUGUCGGAGGAGCUGGUAUCGUGUGCCGACUGUGGCAGAUCAGGCCACCCGACCUGUCUUCAGUUUACAGAAAAUAUGAUAGUGUCAGUCAAGAAGUAUCCCUGGCAGUGUAUAGAAUGCAAGUCCUGUGGUUUAUGUGGCACGUCUGAUAAUGAUGAUCAACUCCUGUUUUGUGAUGACUGUGACAGAGGCUAUCACAUGUACUGCCUAUCACCCCCUCUAUCUGAACCUCCAGAGGGGAGCUGGAGUUGUCACCUGUGUAUUGAAGAGUUUCAUGCUGGUAAACCCCCUGCUUGUAUGGCUGCACCACGAUAGUCACAGAGAAAGAGGAACAGUUUAAAUAGUGUCUUCUGUCAAGUGUCACUUUGAAACAUCAAGAAUCCAUGUCUUGUGGACUGUUUUGUGCUAAGGAAGUGGUGCACUCUGAAAAUAUCACGUUCUGUGGUUUAUUAGUCAACGUCAAAUAUUUCCAUAGUGACUGGCUGGGAAGAAAUGAAUUUUAUUUUCUAUACUUUCUUACUUCAUCAGAAGUAAUUUAAAGCAAUCAUGGUGCUGUAGAAAUCUGAUAGAAAUGAACUUGUCAUCCCAGCAACCACAAACAUGGCUUCCAGUCAGCUUUAGCAGGUGUGAGGUUGUUCCAAUUUAGGGGGGUAUUCUGACAGAACUCUGGAACCAGGGACCACAGCCUCAUAUCUGUGUCUGGGAUAACAUAUGACAAUUGCAAACUGAAGUCUUACUUCAGAUUUACCAAAAUUAAUCAUUAAAAUGUACUGUAUAUAUUAUAUACUAGACUUGUAAUGUUGAGCAGUUAGUGAGUAGUAAGAACACACUGUGAAUGUUUAUAUCUAAACAUUUUAAGUCAAAGAAAUCAAAAUGAAUGUUUAUGUAUUCAUGUUACAGUCAUUAGAUACUCAUUAAAAUAAGCUUUUGUAACAUUUAAUCAUGGGGUCAAUUAUCGGGUAACUUUUUUACUGCUUCAUGUUUUGUAUAAAAAGUCUGUAGUCAUAGUUCUUUUAGUUCUCCACAGAAUAUGCCCAACUUAUAAGUCAUCCAUCAUUUUGUGCACCAUAUUUUGUAAAUGUGUA